AACAGGCAGGGAGGCAGGCAGGCAGGCAGGCAGGCAGGCAGGCAGGCAGGCGAGCGAGCAAUAUAGGAGGCAGGUGGCCCAGGUAAGCUGUUUAACAGAGUGCAGGAGGGGGGAGGCAAGUCAGAGAGGGGUUUGGCAACUUGCUCUCUGAUGUGCCUCUCACCGCCUUUAAAAGAGAGUGACAGUUUGGGUGAACUGUAAGGGGACAGGUGAGAUGUAAAGGGAGAAGGUGUUGGUCAGGUGUGGAGGAAGAGGGGUUGUCAAAGGGGAUGUCAAGUGGAACGAGCAGGGCCGUAACUGCUAGCGUACACCUGUUUUUCAAAGCGGCUUUUCCCAACAUGAUACAUGGUUUACAUUAUUUUUUACUUCUGCAUUCAUUUUAUGGACACUUUGCCAUACUAUAUGCAUUUUUGUAUGCACAUUGGCCAGAGAUGACUUGGCACUGCAAGAUUUGGAAAAGAUGAGUUUCAAAGGAUGGCUGUGAUUCAGUUUGUGAACAGUUGUGUAUAGGCAUUUUGCCUUUAAAUGCAAACAAAGUGAAUUUUUUCUCCAUUCCUACUUCUGAGUAAACAUGCAUAAGAUUGCACUGCACAUAACAAUUAUGGGAUCUGAGUGUGGCAUGAAGACCACAUUUGGGCUAAGAGUGCAUUUGGGCUAGGCUGCAAUAUUUAUAUAUUUCUCAUGUGCAAAUACAUACAGAUUAAACCCAAUCAUCUAAAAUUCACUCCAUUUUUUGCACAAAAAUUCUUCUAAGUUUGGAUGCAGCAAUGCUUCGAAUACCAGUUGCUGGAAACCACAGGAGUGGGCUGGGGAAGUGCUCUUGCGCUCGGGAUCCUGUUUGCUGGUUUCCCACAGACUAGACUAGAUAUUACCUUAAGUUGCACGCUUCUCGUCCUGACCACUAGAUGCCGCCACAACGCAACAAACCGAUCCCAUUCACCCCUACACAGACCUUCAGAAAAGCCAAGUUAAGAGGAAGAAAAGGCUUAUGUCUGUAUAUAGGUGUGAUUUUUGAGACCGCGAAUCUGACAUCUUUUUUUUUUGCAGACGCCUUUCCUUGGAUGUAGCUGUUCGCGAUCCCUCUGCUGCGGUCGCCCAGAGAGGGAUGGAGGGAGGUGAGAAGGAUCACACCCCUCCAGCUGUUCAAUGGCUCUCCUAGGAGGAAAUUGUCUGGCCUUUCGUGAAGCGGCAACUUCUUCCCUUCUCCAGCCUGACUUGUUGAUUGUUUUGUGUGUGUCCUCGCUGCGCCUGGAUCAGGAUCGCGAGGCAAAGGCGAGUGGGAUCGCUCCUUGCAAUGCGCGGCCGGAGGAGAGAAGACUAAGCGGCUAUUGUCCUUCGCCCUUGAUGUCACAACACCCAGGCUGGGGUUUAGCUGCGACCGGUGUAGCUCUGGGGGGCGGCCAAGAGCUCUCCUGGUGAACAGGUUCGAGCCCAGGCAAGGUGGGGGAAGGAGGGAGGGAGAGAGAGAGAGAGAGAGAGACGGGAGCAUCAUCUCUAAGCAGGCGCCCGCGGCCAUCCUAUGCGCUGGUUGAUGCUGGCAGGCGCGCCGAUCCGGACGCGAGAGAUGCCUUGCCCCGGAGAAGGACGAGGGCUGGCCGGGGUCUACAAGCCCACCUGCGGCCGCAGUGGUGGCCAGCAAGCGGAAGAGACCCAAUCCUGCCCGGAAUGCUACACCAACCAGACCUUUCUGUUUGAUGAUGGCACCUCACGGAGGUAAGGAAUAAGAGAUUUAUUUUUGUCACUUAGAUGUAGCUGUAUAUAAUGUCAAGCGUUGAUGACAAGCGUUUAUACAUUAUUACUUAAUGAGCUGAUGAUAUGCACAUUUAUUUAUUUUUCAAAGCGUCAAGCGGCACUUCAGGCAAGUUUGUUACAGAGCCCCGGAGGAUGCAGGUUGUUAGCUAAAACCAACGAGUUGCACCCCGCUGUUAGUCCUACUCAGGGCACACCCACCGAAAUGAACAGAUGGCUAAUAAAGGUCCACUAAUUUCCGUAGGUCUGCUCUGAUUAAACCAUAGUUGGAUUCCAACCUGCUAUAUUUAUUUCGGUGACUAACGUAACAGAGGAGAGUCCUGCCCUAAAGUGGAAAACAAAUGUUUUUGUUCUGGGGCCAGCACAACAUCCCGCAUAAAAUAACUUUAUCUAUGUGUGUGUUCAAAUCACACACGCAUCUCAAUAGCCUUUCAAGCAUAGGAACUGCUUGACGGGAUCAGUCAAAAGGUGCACCAGGUGACACUUGUCUGACAUCCUGUUUCCAAAAGUCAUCACCCUGGUACUUCUCUGGGAUGAACACAAGCGGCACAGAAAAGGCAGCCAGCCUUCCCCCGUGUUGCAUGUCCACAGCAUCCGGUGGCCAGGCCAGAGGUCUACUGCCUCUGAAACCAGGACAUGGGUCAGUAUGUGAUCUUGAGCACAAGGGGUAGACAUGCCUCAUAGUAGUCUGGUGUCCUUGCAUUCACUGGCCCCCUUGGGAGAUCAUGGGAAGCCACUUGCUCUCUGUUGCUCCCAAGGCAACUGGUAUUCCAAGGUAGACUGCUUCUGAACCAGAAGGCUCCAUGAAAGGGAGUGGUAAGGCAUCUGCUUUGCAUACAGAAGGUCCCAGGUUGAGUCCUUGGCUUUUCCAGUUAGAAAUUGCCCUGCUUGAGAUCCUGAAAAGCCACUGCCAGUCAGUGCAGAAAAAUACUUUGUUGUUUAGAUGUUUAGUCAUGUCCGACUCUUCGUGACCCCCUGGACCAGAGCACGCCAGGCACUUCUGUCUUCCACUGCCUCCUGCAGCUUGGUCAAACUCAUGUUGGUAGCUUCAAGAACACUGUCCAACCAUCUCAUCGUCUGUCAUCCCCUUCUCCUUGUGCCCUCCAUCUUUCCCAACAUCAGGGUCUUUUCCAGGGAGUCUUCUCUUCUCAGGAGGGGGGCAAAGUCUUGGAGCCUCACCUUCAGGAUCUGUCCUUCCAGUGAGCACUCAGGGCUGAUUUCCUUAAGAAUGGAUAGGUUUGGUCUUCUUGCAGUCCAUGGGACUCUCAAGAGUCUCCUCCAGCACCAUAAUUCAAAAGCAUCAAUUCUUCAGUGAUCAGCCUUCUUUAUGGUCCAGCUCUCAUUUCCAUACAUCACUACCGGGAAAACCAUGGCUUUAACUAUACGGACCUUUGUUGGCAAGGUGAUGUCUCUGCUUUUUAAGAUGCUGUCUAGGUUUGUCAUUGCUUUUCUCCCAAGAAGCAAGCAUCUUUUAAUUUCGCAGUGAUCCAGAAAAAUACUAAGCAAUGGCAAAUAUUGGCCUGACAGGCUAGAAGACAGCUCUCUGUGCUUUUAUUUAAAUCAGCUCUUUAUUCAGAACAAUGAGGACUGGAACCUUAGUUUGUUGCUAGGGGAACAGAUGUAGCUCAGUUGUGGAGCCUCUGCUUUGUGUACAGAAGGCUCCAGGUUCAGUUGCCGGCAUCUCCUGUUUGUUCCUAGGAUCCAUGGAUCUUAUACAUGAAACUGUCUGGCUGUUAAAUCAAGGAAGUAUGUGGCCACAUUGCCUCUGCUACAACCUGGUCAGGCAGACCAAUCUUGGUUAUUUCUGUUCCCCUGCCCUGCUUCCAGCUUUGCCACCCUUGCUUCUCAAAGAGACUCUAUUAAGUGCCUUUAUUAAGAUGGCUAGUUUUUCUUUGAGGUGUGAGGGGUUUGAGAGAAUACUAAUGCCUCCCUCUUUUGUAAUUUUAUUUUUCAUUUUCUCAUUUAUAAACUUAUAAUAGUACAAAUUUACACAUGCAAUUUAAAUUACCAGAUAUUAAUACUGACCCCCUCCCCUCUUUCUGUGGUUGCUUAUGUCAUAUCUUUUAUCACUGCAUAUCCAAUUUAAAUCCAUUUGUUACUUAUCCUUUAUUUAUUUAAUUUGUUUCAUUGCUCAUUUUAAAAAAUUAAUACUGCUACUCUUUUAAGCUGUUUGCAAUAGUUUUUCAAAUAGUAUUCCCUAUUCUAAAUCAAAAAGUCUAUCUUCUUAUUCUUCCGGUAAGUUUCUGCAUACUCCAACAGUUUUUGCUCCCACUCUUCCUUGGUUGGGACUACUUCUUCUUUCCAUCUCUGGGCAUAUAUAAUUCGAGUGGCUGUUGUUGCAUACAUAAAUACAGUCAUACCUAGGGUUAAAGUAGCUUCAGGUUGAGCGUUUUCAGGUUGUGUUCUGCAGUGACCCGGAAGUAACGGAACGGGUUAUUCCCAGGUUUUGCCACUUGCGCAUGCGCAGAUGCUCAAAAUGAUGUCACGUGCAUGCGCAGAAUCGGCGAAUCGCGACCCGCGCAUGUGCAGACGCGGGUUUUGUUCUGCUCAGGAUGCAAACAGGGCUCCGGAACGGAUCCCGUUCGCAUCCAGAGGUACCACUGUACACCAUUACACAAACCAGAAGUCUAACAAGUGUCUCUUGCCUGCAUCUCUAAGCUGUGAAAAGGCUCAGCUGAUGACAACAUUCCAUAAGUCAAGUUAAAAUUCCCAGAGAAGGUGGAAAGAAGCAAUGUGUUUUGGGCUGCAUGAUAGGCAGAAAUCAAACAGGUGCAGCUUCUUGGACCCCCAGUGGCAAACUACUUUGCCUGUUGAAGUUUAAGCUUCCACAGAUGACGCCUUGUCUCUUUCCCCUGCCACAACUUUGGCAAAAGAUACACUUGGAGAAAUGCAAAAACCUUCUCCUAUACAUCAUACUGUUCAAUGAAAUUCUCCUAUUGGUUCAGGUGCAAUAUAUAUACCACUGUAGUGUCUUUUUAUAUGCCUAAUUUAUGUUGGGAUAGAGGAUACACAGGAUAUGAAACCCCGGAGAGCUGCUGCCAGUCAGUGUAUCAUUUACUUAUCUAUUUAUUUAUACUCCACAUUUUCCGCAGACCAGAACUCAGGGUGGCUUACACAAAUUAAAAUGGCACAGAUAGAAUACAAAAAGCUAAAAGCAUUUAUUUAUUUACAGAUAAUCAUUAAAAAGUAAUUAAUUUCUAAUAAGGCUAAACCAAACACUAAAAUACAGGUAGUAAAAACAGCACAGCCCUAAUAGAAGCCCUUUCUUUAAACAAAACAAACCAGUCCAUUCCCAAGGGCCUGCCAGAAUAAAACAGCCUUGCCGGCAGAAGGCCAGCAAGGAGGGAGCCAAUCUAGCUGCUCUAGGAGAUCUCAGAGCAUGGGCAGAUUUCUGCUCUUUCAAGGUAGUCGUGCUCUUUCAACGUAGACAAGACUGAGCUAGAUGGACUCACAGCUUUCUGUGCUCAAAGCUGACAUGCUAUUAUUUGAGAGAGGAAGAAAGCUGAUGACUGGCUAAGAUUUGGGAUUUAAUCAGCACAUCUAUUUAGUUUGGGGAUAAUCAACAGCCUGCGAUAGAUAACUGAGUGCAGGGGUUUUUGUUUUGGUGUGUGUAGAUAUGAAUGAUUUCAGAACGGAAACUGGUAUAGUCACACCUCGGGUUGAAUAUGCUUCAGGUUGAGCACUUUUGGGUUGCGCUCUGUGGCAACCCAGAAGUAAUGGAGCGCGUUACUUCUGGGUUUUGCCGCAUGCACAGGCGCUCAAAAUGAUGUCGCGCGCAUGCGCGGAAGCAGCAAAACACAACCCGCGCACGCGCAGAUGCGCCGUCACAUCUUACAUUCUAUUCAGGGUGUGAAUGGGGCUCUGUAAUGGAUCCCGUUCGCAUCCCGGGGUACCACUGUAUUCUGAACCAAGAGGUAGAAUGGAAAGAAAAGUCAUAUUGUUAUAACACUGUUAUUGUUGUUAUAAUAACAGUGUAGGAACAUGUAUAGUUUGGGGGAAAGUUAUGAUUUCCUUUUAAAAAAUGAUGAUCUGAAAAAACAUAAUUGCCAAGUAUCAUUGGAAGAAUUCCAAGUGCAAAUGCUGCUCAUCCGGAAUGCAAAUCACACUCAAAAUGUGCCACAGGAAAGGAGCGAGCUGAGAAAUUUUGCAUGUGGAACAUGCCUUCUGCUCUGCACUGGAGUGGACAAUUUUUUUUAAAAAAGGAAUAACCGUCAGCUGCAGCAGCAACAAGCUUAGCCAAACAGGUGCUGAACCAACCCCCUCCAUGCUCCAGCACCAAAGCUGGCUUCUGAUUGGUCAAGCUCAUUGUCACUCAUGUUGCUUUGAAGAAACUGAUGGUGAUGGACUGCUAGUGCACAGCUUCUUGUUGCCAUUGUCUGGAUUCCAAUUUGGAAACCCCACCCCCCCGCCAAGGAACAGAGCACUGGGACUUACGCCUCAGAGUCCUCACUGCAGCCAAUAAGGCUCCACUCCGGGUGCCAUAUUUUUGAGAGCUUUGAUGGAUUGUCGUCCCAUCCCCCUGGAGCAGGACCGAUUUUUAAUCACGGCCCCAAUACCAAUGGAAUAUUCUUCCUUGUUCAGUUCCUUUGUAUCCCCUGCUCACGAAAAAGCUGAAAAUGAAAGGGUCCAAAAUUAAAGUCAAAGGUAAGGGGACCCCUGACCAUUAGGUCCAGUCGUGACCGACUCUGGGGUUGCGGCGCUCAUCUCGCUUUAUUGGCCGAGGGAGCCGGCGUACAGCUUCCGGGUCAUGUGGCCAGCAUGACUAAGCCGCUUCUGGCAAACCAGAGCAGCGCACGGAAACGCCGUUUACCUUCCCGCUGGAGCGGUACCUAUUUAUCUACUUGCAUUUUGACGUGGAACGGCCAAUACGUCAAGCAAGUGUUUCUCUAACAUGGACUUACAACUACAAUCAUCCCUAGCUAUAGCAGAACCAGUAGUCAGGGAUGAUGUGAGUAGUAGUCCAACCACAGCUGGAGACCCAAGUUUGAGAAACACUGCUUUAAAGUCUGCUUUGAUCUUUUGAUCCCAGUACAUUUCCGAGCACAAUUCAAAGUGUUGGUGCUGACCUUUAAGGCCCUAAACGGCCUCGGUCCUGUAUACCUGAAGGAGUGUCUCCACCCCCAUUGUUCUGCCCGGACACUGAGGUCCAACGCCGAGGGCCUUCUGGCGGUUUGAGAAGCAAAGCUACAGGGAACCAGGCAGGGGGCCUUCUCAGUAGUGGCACCUGCCCUGUGGAUUGCCCUCCUACCAGAUGUCAAAGAGAAGAACAACUAUAUGACAUUUGGAAGACAUCUGAAGGCAGCCCUGUUUAGGGAAGCUUUUAAUGUUUAAUAGGUUAUUGUAUUUUAGUGUUCUGUUGGAAGCCACCCAGAGUGUCUGGGGAAACCCAGCCAGAUGGGUGGGGUAUAAAAAAAUUAUUAUUAUUAUUAUUAUUAUUAUUAUUAUUAUUAUUAUUAUUAUUAUUUUGUAACAUCCAGAGCCAUGGCCCACUCAUCCUUUUGGCCAGGGGAGGCAACUGACUCAGGUAGUAGGAUCCAUGGCUUCCAAGGAGUGUAUGCCCUGCUGCUGCAAUGGCACAACCUCUUUGGAGGCUGGAUCUGCCUCCUCCUUUGGUCUCACCCCACUGCUGCCUCUAGGACCCUCAUACCUAUGGGACCACCUCUCCUGCUAUGCCCCAUGGAGGACCUUAAGGUCUGCAAAUAAUAACACCCUGAAGAUCCCAGGCCCCAGGGAGAUUAGACUGGCCUCGACCAGAGCCAGGGCCUUUUCAGCCAUGGCCCCAGCCUGGUGGAACAUUCUCUCACAAGAAACCAGGGCCCUGUGGGAUUUGAUAUCUUUCCGUGAGGCCUGCAAGAUGGAGCUGUUCCGCCAGGCCUUUGGUUGGGUUCAGUCUGAUUCUUUUCUUUAACAAGCAUUAAAGAGGCCUCCUAGCCCACUCACAGGUCCUUUAUAAGACCAGUGGUAACAGCUGGCCCUGGAGAAUAUUAACCACUCUCAAUUUUACCUGUGGACUGCCAUCUGUCCAGAUUUUAUUUUGCUCUGAACUAAUUUUAAGAUGUAUUUUAAUUAAUUGAUUGCCUGUUUUUAUGUUUUUAUGUUCUUUGUAUACUGUGUUAGAUUUGUGGGGUACAAAUAAAAUUAUUAUUAUUAUUAUUAUUAUUAUUAUUAUUAUUAUUAUUACGGCCUCUGCAAAUCAGAGAUGCUGCUGGCCUUUCCCCAUCCCUAGGAAGGAAAUGGCAGAAGCUGUCUUCUGUGGUCUCCUGGGGUCUGUGCUUGCCCAGUGUGAUUCAGUGCAUGCUCCUUUCCCCUCCAUUAGUGCCUUUGAUUCCCACUUCAGCUGUUAGGUAUGGUUGGUUUGAUCCCACCUCUUGUUCCCAACAUAGAUCUUCACUCACUGCUUAUUUCCAGCAUAGAUCUUUAUUCCUCCAUUGGUCCUGAUGUAGAUCUUCACUCACCUCUUCUCCCCUGGUGGGGGAGGUGCCAUUUUGUGGUUAGCCUCUGUGACAAAAUGUAUUGGGCUGGCCCUGCACUGAGCCCCAAAUUAUUUAAGGAAAGGGACAUGGGGGGCGCUGUGGGUUAAACCACAGAGCCUAGGGCUUGCCGAUCAGAAGGUUGGCAGUUCGAAUCCCCACAACAGGGUGAGCUCCUGUUGCUCGGUCCCUGCUCCUGCCAACCUAGCAGUUCGAAAGCACAAAGUGCAUGUAAAUAGGUAAAUAGGUACCGCCCCAGUGGGAAGGUAAACGGCGUUUCCGUGUGCUGUUCUGGUUUGCCAGAAGCGGCUUAGUCAUGCUGGCCACAUGACCCGGAAGCUGUACGCCGGCUCCCUCGGCCAAUAAAGCGAGAUGAGCACCGCAACCCCAGAGUCGUCCAUGACUGGACCUAAUGGUCAGGGGUCCCUUUACCUUUUAUAUUACGUUACAGCAGCAGGUCCUCUGUUACUUUGAUGCUGUGGUGUCUAAAUCAGGUUGCUGUCACCCUGUACAGUGUCUUCCCCACUCCAGUAGGAUUUGGAGCUUGCAAAAUUAUUCUGUAUGAGUGGCAAAGAUAAUUUCCAUCCCAGCUUCCCGUUGUCAUUUGCUUAUGUUAUUUGUGCUGCAGGACAGAAGCACAAACUCAGCCUUCCUCCCCCUGACUUUCCCUUAUGGGAAAUCUGUUUGCCUUAGGGAAAAGCCUCCUGGGACCUGUCAAAUCCCCUCUCUUGACCAUGUAAGGGAACUCCGGAUGGCAAAGGAACAGGAAUGAAGGCGGCACACUCUUUCCAAAAUAACCUGCUCUUAAAGAGGUUGUAUGUUGGGUGGGGGGAGGGGAGGAAGAGGAGGAGGAGGAGGAAGGUGCAACUCGGAUUUCAGAAGAGGCAAUGUCUUCCAUGUGCUUCUUCUGGAACUGAGGAUUUUCUGGAGCAGUAUCGAGUUUCAGAAGUACUUUGUGGACUGGAAUCUGGGCAGAAAAGGAAGCAGUUUUAUCUCUGAUUGCGGUGGAGGUAAUUCAACUUUACACCUUCUUUGGGGAAGAGGCAUUGGGGUGCCCGUAUCGACUGCUUUACUUUGUUCCCACAAAGAUGGAACUGAAAGGUGCUAUUUAUAGCUUUCUAUUUAUAACUGGUGUGUAAUACAAAUAAUGCAUGGUUGAGAGGUGGAUCCACUUAUCAACCGAGGACUGCUGCCUCAGAAUUUUUGGAUCUGGCCUAUAUGGUUAAACUUACCAAUAUUAAAAGAACUAGGGGAGUUAAGAGAACAAAACGAUUUAUUUGUACAGAGCUGGAACUUGUUUAUUCAGUAUUAAAAUGAUGAGAUGCAGAAUACAGCUUGGUGGCAUGCCAUGUUAAGGAAGAAUCUGAUAAUGUAUAUUGCUGAUUAUUUUUUUCAAAGCAACCAAAUAAAAACAAAACAAUGCUGUUAAAAGCUUUAUUUAAGAGAGGUGCUUGUGCCAGCCCCCCCCCAGCUUUUUCCAGAGGGCAAACAAGGCUGGGCAUUUGGCUAGCCUGGCUGAUGUAAAGUUUGGCAUAUAUAGCAGUGCAGGAAUAAGUAAGUAAAUAGUAUGGUAAUAGAUCUGCUUUUCUUUGGACCACAUCAGCAAGGCCAAGAGGGGGGUCUUGUCGCCUGAGCAGCCCAGGACCUCCAUACACACUGCCCAGGCUUGCACCCCGAGGAAGUAAUUUCAGUGCUGCUAACAUAGCAGUUUGACUUCAUUCCUGGAGGCGCAUUCCAUGGUUUCUUGAGACAGAUGCAUGCCAAGCUGGCUGAAUGAAUGAAUGAAUGAAUGAGUAAAUAAACUUAAGGGUUAUUACUCUUGGCAAACAAACCAUUCUGAGCACAAACUUACAUGUGGCCAUCACGGAGUCAUGAGACGAGCAAAAGAAAGGUCUGACACUAAUACUGAAGAAGAAGCAGGAAGGAAACCAAGCCUGAAAAUCAAACAGUCUACAGGUAGUAACUGGGGGGAAAGGCAUCAGUGAGGCAAGAGUAGUGCACAUAAUUUAAAAAUUAUAGUACAAAGAAUAAUAACCAUUUUAAAAAAUCAUCAGAGAAACAACAAAAAACCCUCCUUGAAAUGCCUGCAAGUAUAAGAAACUCUUAGUCAGGGGUCAGCAAAGUUUCUGUGACUUGGGCCGGUUCAUGGUCCUGCAGACGCUGUGGUGAGCCAGAGUGGGCGCACACGCAAACACUCUUUCCGGAGCUCUUUCUGGUGCUGAAGAGGCGUGCGCAGCUUCCCAUUGGCUGCAGGCACACGGGAGCCGACUGAGUAGGUGGCGGGGGUCCCCAAGCGGGCAGCGAGGGUCCACGGGCCAGUUAAAUGACCUCCAUGGGCCGCUUGAGGCCCAUGGGCCUUAGGUUGCCGACCGCUGCUCUUAGUCAUGUGCCUGAAGUUCAGCGAGGGUUCCCAUCUAAACUCAGUCACAGAGGCAUAUCUAGGGAUUGGCGAAACUGGCCCUGGACAGGAGUGCAGGCCCAGCUCCCCCCCCCAAAAAAAACCACCCACCAGACUAUGUAGCAUAUGGUGGAUAUGUUUGGAGAGCCAGUGUGGUGUAGUGGUUCAGAGCGGUGGACUCGUAAUCUGGUGAACCGGAUUCGAUUCCCCGCUCCUCCACAUCCAGCUGCUGGGUGAACUUGGGCCAGUCAAGAGACUUCUCUGAAGUCUCUCAGCCGCACUCACCUCACAGAGUGUUUGUUGUGGGGGAGGAAGGGAAAGGAGAUUGUUAGCCACUUUGAGACUCCUUAGGGUAGUGAUAAAGCGGGAUAUCAAAUCCAAACUCUUCUUCUUCUUGUGGUGAUGCACGACCACUCUCCCAGAAAGAUCAAAUGUGAGAGAAACUUCCCAUCCUUCUUGCACCGUGCCACAAAAGUGUGCAAUUUUUUUCACCUUUCCUCUUUUGCCUCAGCCUCACUCCAGACAUUUUGAGUACUUGGGCCAUGUAAAUGUGGUCAUUUUUAAUGUGGCUACUGCAGUAAAGUGAUUUUAUUUUACUUUACUGCGGGGUGCCAACACAACUGUGCCAAUACAGCUCCUUGCCAAGGGCUCAAGGUAUCCGAGGUAUGCCUCUGCUAAGUCAGGAGGGAGUUUGACAAGCCUGAGCCACAAAGCUGAAUGCAUGACUUCAAGUAGUUGCGAUCCAUGUAUCUACACCAUGGGGGGGGGGGACGGACGGACAAAUAAUAAAAACUCCCUCAGAUAUUUCAGUUAUGGGGCAGGAAUGAAUGAAUUUAUUAUUUUGGUCACAGACCAGUUCCAGCUCACAUACAAAAUCAGGGAAGUCAUGAAACACAAUAAGGAUACAUUUAAAUUGGCAGUGUGGGGCAGGAAUAUAAAGGACUUGGUGGUCCUUAACUCUCCUGGAGCCAAGUUGUUAAGGGCUUUGUAAAUUAAUACAAGAACUUUGAACCUGGCCCAGUAACAUGUGGGUAGCCAUCACAAGCUUUUGAGCACUGGAUUUAUGUGCUGGGCAGGAAUAAUAUUUCCUGAUCAACAAUCUUUAGCAUUUUAAACCAUCUGGAGCUUCCGAACCAGGUGCAAGUGUAGCCCCAUACAGUGUGUAUUGCAGUAAUCAAGUCUUGAGGUUACCAGUGCAUGAAUCACCACAGCCAGGCUGUGCCUGUUAACAGAUGAUAGAAAAGGCUGGAAUUGGGUAAGUUUGACAUUUUGUUACACUCCCCACCAAAGACCCCAAUCUUCCUUCCUUCCUUCCUGAGUGGGCAGUUGGGAUUGACCUUUGUCUGCUCUGUGUCAACACCUUGAAAGCUGACCAGGUAACUGCCAUGAUUUCACAAGCUAAGAUCUACAAAUGCUUAACCCAAAUCCCCAGUUGGAGUGUCUUCAGGUGGAGUUAGCAGACUCCAGAAAGUCCACAGCGGAAAGCAAAUCUGCAGAGCCCGUUUGCCAGGAGAGACCUCUGAGUCCAGGCUCAGCUUGGGAUCACCAGCAGCAUGUAAGAAAAGCUUCCUGCCUGUAUUAGUUAGUGGCUAGGGCAAGUCUAGGAGUUCAAAUUGAACAUUUCUGCACUCUGAAAUUGACUGCAAUGCCACAUUCAGCAUAUUACGUUCUGAAUCGUUCUGUUUGUUUGGGGGAAGUGCAGCAGGUGUGAUUUGAUUAAAAUCAGCUUCUGCCAACCUUGUGACCUCCUGGUGCCUUGAACUAUAACUCCCAUCAGCUCCAAUCAGCACAAUUUGAUAAUUCUUCCAGUUUGACCUCUCCUUAAUUGUCUGUCUAUUUUUAAACUGAAUUUGUUGCUCUAGGACAACCAAUAACCUUUUAACCCACUUCAAUGGCGGAAAGCAAAAUUUCUGCCUCGUGCCUUCCCACAAAAUUUUGGCAGCAUGGAGGCAAAGUAACUCUGUAUGAAUGAGAACAUUAAAACACAAUUAGUUUUAUCCACUGCUAGUCAUACUCAAACUAGACCUAUUGAAAAUAAUGAACAUUAUUAUUAAAGUUUUCAGUUUACCAGUUUUGUGAAAACACACCACACACUGUGUAUUCGCAUUGAUUAGAAGUAGGCUUGUGUUAGGGAAACAGCCUUCUCUGGUGCUGAUUUAAAUAUUAAACCUUUGUAUUAUAGAUACUGAUUCAGGAUACUUGAUAUAAUUAAGAAAUUGCUUAUUACUUAAUUUUUUUUUUAGUUAAAUCAAAGUUGAGUGUUAAAGAGCAUAAAUAAGGAAUUGAUAGCCGCUGUGUUAAAGUUUUGCUCAGGUUUAAUGAACUUUCAGGUCAAUGCCAGUUUCUUGCAAUAGGAAAACAGAUACGAACAAGAACUGAAGAGGAUUCUCUGAGAUUUAGAACCCUAGAUCAUCCUGUGGUUAAGUAAAGUAGGAUGAAAAAGGAGGAGAAAAAUGACAACAGUUAUUGUCAUUUUCCAUAGGGAGACAUAAUUUUAACCAAUGGACUUGCCAGCUCUAGCACAGAAAUCAAUAAUUAUAAAAUAAGGCAUUAAUAGGAGGUAAGAAGAGAACUCAACCUUUCUUUGCUCCCACUCCUUGAGCAACUGAGGCAAAUCCUUGAUGGUUGCUGUUAUUCGGACAUGUCCUUCAUUGAUAGAGAUCACUGCUUUUCUACUUGGCUUCUGAGUUUGUAAGUCUGCAUGUUUUGCUGUGAAAGGGUGUGAUUGCUUUGUUUAUUUUCUGCUGUGGAAUAAAAUAUCCUUAUUGGUGUGCGUCAGUGUUGAUCUGGUUGAGACAUUGGCUUUUGGCUUGGAGCCAAUUUGAUUCCCUCCCUCUCUUUCUUUUUUCUUUUCCUUCUCCUCCUGCGAUGAGGCUACAUUUUAAUAUUUUAAUGUUUCAAUAUUUUAAUGCUGUAUUUUCAUUUUGUUUUUAGGUUGUAAUCAUUCAACUUGUUUUUAUUAUUGCUUGUAAGCCGCUCUGAGCCCGGCCUUGGCUGGGGAGGGUGGGGUAUAAAUAAAAAUUAUUAUUAUUAUUAUUAUUUGCUGAAGCCCCAAAGCCCACAUAUUGGGAGAGAUUUCCAGGGAUUUUCAGCAACCUUUUAGCCCUAGCAAUGUGAUCCAUUAGAUCCAUUAAUUUCAGUGGACCUGCUUUGAAUAGAACUUGGUACAACCUGAUGAUAAGCUGUGAGAAUGGAUAGUAUAAAAAUUCCCAGGGCAAUAUUUUAAUUUCAACAACUUUAAAGUUUAGUAAGGACAGUAAGAUUAGCUUUAAAAUGCCAAUCUGUUGCUGGACAAAGCUCAAUGUGUUGAUACUGAUAUAUAGGGUCCUAUAUGUUUCUUGAGAGACUGCAUUAUCCCUUUUAUACCCCGUAGUUCACUGUGGCCUGUAGGAGAUUUUCUCCUGCUAGUUUCAAAGAUCUGAGAAACAGUGGCGGAGGAAGCGGGGGUGCGGGGGGCUGCAGCCCCCCUAGGUGUCAUCACUGAGAGGGAGUGUGUGACAAAAUGAGUUUAAAAUAAAAAAUAAAAAAUUGGGCUCACGAAACUUUUUAGGAGCGACGUGGUGGCGUAGGUGCCUGCAGGUUCCACGCUGCCUGAAAUGGCAGCGUGGGACUUGUGUCUGCCUACUGCCUCUCCCUCAGCCACCCUACAGCUGAGAGGGAGGCAGCGGAGAGGCUUGCCCCGCCCCCAUGGACAGAUCGCCCCGCCCCCAGCUGCAGGACACGCCCCCACACCAGGCACCCAAGCGGCUAGCUAUGCUGCUGCUGAGAAGCCUGCUAUGUUAAGGUUACCAGAUUUUUUUUAAAGAAUCUUGGGACACUUUCUUUUUUUUGGAAAAGAUUUUAAAAAAGUUAUUAAAAAAGUUUUUUUUUUUUAAAAAAGAAGUAAUAUCUUCUCUUCUGUGGUCUCCUCUGACGCAUGGCCUUCCUCUGUGCCCUGGUCUGCUCUCUUGGAGCACUAGCAGCCGUGGAGUAGGCUCGGCCACAAGUUCUUGCCCUAACUCUCCUCCUUAGCGGCAGUGGCGGUAGCAGUAGCAGCAGGGCAAGGUCAGGGCUCCCCUCUUUUUUUCUCCUCCUCUUUCUCUCUCUUCCUUCUCCUUCUCCUAUCCUCCUUCUCCCUGUGUCGGCUCCGGGGUUUUCCGGAGUUGACGUGCCGGGCGUCCCUGGUUGCCCCUCAGCAGCGGCAGUGGCAGCGGCAGUCUCAGUAGCCCGGAUCAAGCCUGGUAGUGCAGUUGGCUCUGGCUGGCUUCAGGAGCUGCUCGCUGCCAUGGUGCCCGCCAUUUUGCCUUGCCAGAAAUCCCCAUAUGAUGUGUCUUGUGCCGUUGAACCAAUCACGCAACAUUCAUUCCCUACUAAUAAAUCUACCACACUUAAAAAAUAUAAAUCCAGGGACAUUAAAUGAAAUCUGGAGACGUUCCGGGGAUGGAUUUUUUCUGGGGACAGAUCUGUAAAUCCGGGGACUGUCUCCAGGAAACGGGGAUGUCUGGUAACCAUAUGCUAUGUGGAACAGCAUUCCUGUUGAGAUAUGACAGGCACCCACUCUCAGCAUUGCCCAACAACAAUGGAAGACAUUUUUGUUCCAAUACACUUUCUCAGCUGGAUAAAUGAGUCUUUGCCAUGAGUGUCUAUUUUGUAUGAUGUAAAUUUUGUUUUAAAAAUAUCUGUUGGUUUUUUGGACUUUAUCAGGGUUUUGUUUUUUUGUUUAUGCUGCUUUUAUUGUUGCUUUGAGACAACUGUAUCAAUGGUGAUGAUAGUAAUACUGCCUGAGAACAUAAAAAGGGUCUUUACCUGUCACCAGAAAGACUGCAGAGUAGGGCCCAAGUGAAUCCCUAUAGGGAGAGCAUUCCUUAAUUGGGAUGCCAACACCAAAAAGACCCCCUCUCUAGUAGCUGCUAGCCAUACCUCCCUUGGCAGGGGGUGCCUGGAUAAAGGUCACCAAAGAGGACUGCAAGGUCUGGGAAGGGGUGUGUGGGAAGAAGCAGUCUUUUCCAGAACCUUGCUACCAGGGCCUUAAAAAGGACUGGAUGGACUGGAAGACAGUGCAGACGAGAAAGCCCUGACAUAAAUAUGAUCAAAGCACCCAGUCCCAGUGAACAACCUCAUAGCCCUAUUUUGAACCGUGGUGUCUGGCUCCCUUUGGGACUGCUAGGGUGGAAAGCAAGGAGCCCAACUGUAGGUGGCGCCAGAGCAGGUGGAGCCAAUUAAUUCCCACUGCAUUCCCAGACUCCUCCUUGCUGCUGAGUUGUAUAAGGGCAACAUUGUGACUAAGAAGGAGGAAUCUGAUAGUGCUCUCUCUCCCCCCCUCCCAAUUAGUUGUAAGUAGGAAAGCAGGCAGGUGGGAAUUUGAAAAAAGAAAAAGAAAAAACCCAAUAAAUAUUAAUUGGAAAAAGGCAAGCAGGCAGAUCGGGGCCAGCUGAAGGCAGACUGAAGUUGGUAGGGCAGUAACCCUUUCACCCUCGUGGACCAGCUUCUACUGAUUUUAGGCUAACUGAUGUUCCUGGAGCAUCUUCCAAGGCAACUCAUUGCAGAUAUUUGUGUGUUAAUAAUAGUAGUGCUCUAUACCCGUGGUUUCCAAUUAGCUAAUUACUGAGGACCCUCUAUUUUUCAAAAGCCAAGCCAGGAACCCCCUACUUUUGAAAAUUUUGAUAACUCUAUGGUUGUUACCUGUGCAAAGCAAUUUUUUUGAAUAAAAUGUCGGUUAGCUCCUAAUAAGCAAAGGAUUUUAGGCAUACUUAAAAAAAAAGACCAUAAAAUUUGUGAUAUUAUCACAAAUUGCCUAUCCCCAGACAGUAGGAAAAACUUGUCUUCAUUGCUCCACUACAACUAAAGAAAGAAAGAAAAGUAAUUGUGUACCUAACUUGCAAUUGCUCUAUAUGCAGAAGGCAUUUUAUAUGAGAGAAUAUUCAAACAUGCUAUUCCUUACUUCUAAUCUGAGAUGGUACAUAUUAGCAAUGGAUGUUGGUGAUCUGACACUAAGUAAAAGCAAAACUAAAGAAGUGCCAUGGCCCUGGUGCAACUGGACUUCUCCACGACCCUUCCCCUCUGCAGGGAGGUGGGACUGAUUCGGAUGGUCCACCCCCACCACUUAAUGGAUCCAAACGGUUUCCAGAGAGUGGUAGGGGAUGCUUUAUCCCAUGCUGAUGGCCUUUCAGCUGAUUCCCUGGUGGCCCGCUGGAAUGUGGAGUUAACCAGGGCUAUUGACUAUUUGGCUCUGAAGCGCCCUCUGCGAUUGCAGGGAGCCCAGACAGGACUUGCUCACGGUGUAGGACUGGGCCAUGUAUCUCGGCUGCUUCUUCCUUCCCUAAGCUGGAACGUAGCAAUCGAGAUAAAGUCCAGUCAUCGUGAUAUAUCUGCAUAUACCGGUAUUUAGCUGCUGAUAUAUCAUAAAGUUGAAAAGAAAGUAUCGCCCAGCCCUAGCACUAAACUAAAUCAUCAGAGGUUGAGCUGUUGUGCUAAUCAUAGUGGCAAUGUGCUUAACUGCUUCCCCUGUUGGACUUCCAAGAUGAGACAUGAAUCCCAAACUCAUCAGGCAAGAUUCACUGAAAACCCUACCUACAAGCAAUGGGAGAGUCCUCUAAACUUGUUGUUGCUGAAAGCGAUUAGAAGUUCUUUUCAGUUAAAAAGUAGAGAGCGAGGAGAAGGAAUCCUUUACAUUUUUUAAAACGAUAAGCAUGUGAGCUGUUUGAACUCUCUCUCUCCCUCUCCACCCCAAUUGCAAGAGCCCUAAGAAACUGUGCCAGAGGUUUGUGCCCAAUCCCAGCUCACUUGCCAUUCAGCAAAUCCUUCACAAGUUUUCCCCCUACCAGCAAGCAGGCGCUGGUUGUGAGCAGAGGCUGGAUGACCCGUGGAAGGCUCUCACUGUCCAAUUAGCAAGAUAAACAAAUCCCUGGCAGGGGGUGGUGCUGCGGACCCCCUGGGUGUGAUCCACGGCCCUCAGGGGACCCCUAAUUGGGAACCACUGCUCUAGAGGGAACAAACUAAUGUGCUGUCAUUGGGCAAAGUGUACGCAAUGCCACCAUCUUCAUAGCACUCCUGUGGGUGCCCUCAGGGAGAAGGGUCCCACUUCAAGGAGGUUUGUUUAAUUAAUUAAUUAAUUAAUUAAUUAGAUUUCUUUUCUGCCCUUCAUCCAGAGAUCACAGGGCAGUUUACAAAGUAAAACACAAAAAAUAUAUAGCACAAUAACAAAGACAACAGUAUUAUUAUGAUUUAUUAUAAGCCUCUUCACAAAACCCUCACCAACCAGAAUAAGGUUGCAUGUGCAACGCUGUCCAAAGGAGCCAGUGUCCAGCAUGAAAACAUGAUCUAGAGGCAAGGUGAGGCACCACCAUCAGGUGCUCAAGCAACAUGCACCAAUGCUAGGCAAGAUCGUCUGACCAAGCAGCCAGGGACUUUGGUUAUUUCCAAAGACUCCCAAAGGAUGCCUUACAUACUUUAGACCCCAAGACAACACCCAAACCACCACUAUUGGUAGUGAAGCCAUUUUAUGAACUGCUUGCUCAUGAGGAGACCCCUUGCUCAUGAGCUGUGCAGAGACUUCAUAGAUGUGUGCUAUAUUGCCUUUCUUUGACCCGGAUCUUUCUCAAGGACUGGGAGCCCCUUCAGGGGGUCACCAACAAUGGUUACAGGGGACCUACUUGCUCCUCCAAGUCUUCCACUUGUGGGUUGUCCGGGGUUCCUAUGAGAACCGUUUCUGGUACCAGGCCUGGGCUCAGCAUGAAAGCUAUUAAGCAUCCAUCUGUGCAGCCUGUCUAACUGAUGACUGAAGCUAAUUAUUUUAAAUUCUAUUAGGGCUGAUAACUGCUCAGGCCAGGCAUCUCCUGCUGAUAUUAAUAAUGCUGACUCCAUUAAAAAAAAAAAUUAUGCCAGAGGUUGAGUUUUGCUUCUGAGCAAGUCCUGCUUUCCCCAAGAUAUUUUCCGUACUCUACGGAAUUCCAAGAGUGUGCCAUUUCUCAUGAGAGAGAUUGGCUGACUUGAAGAUUGACUCUGAGCUAUGUGCAAAAUGACCUAGUUGUGGAAUCAGAAAUACUGGGUUGGGUGGGAAAGAGGGAAUGAAACCCAUCUGGAGUAAUGGAUCUGGCAGCCAAAGUUCAUUAGAGUUCAGCUUCCCUAUAUCCAAACUGCACAGUCAGAAAAUUGUGCUCCCGUCUCCUAUAACUCAGGAGGUUGGCAAGCUUGAUGGGGCUCAACUUCUAAACAGAGCUGUGAGCCAAAACCUGACCUUUUCCAAGUUGCCAGCUUUUCUGCUUUGGAAUCCUCAUAUUGAAUAUCCUUUCCAUGUUUUCUGGGUGGGAUUCAUCUCAUGAAUGAAGCCCAUCAGUGGAAGUGGCAAAAUGGGGCUUUCCUUUCCCCCCAUGUUGAGAGAUUCCCCCCAGCAAUGUGUAAGGGAAGGGGUGUGUGUGAUCACACAGGGUCCCCGGAUGUUUCACGAUCUAUGGAUCCCUGUGCCACCACUUUAUUUCUCGCUGCCACCACCCAGGCUCUACCUGGUACAAUACUGAGUCCAGUCAGGGUUAAAUUGGAAAAUAAACUUCUGUUUAUUUAUUGCAGUUUAACAAGUGUGUGGCUUCAUAAACGGUAUCGGCCCAUUACAAUCAUGGGAUGCCUAUCCAGACCUAUAACUUCCGCUACCUGCUCUCACUCACUACACCACCUCUCAGUUAUUUACUUGUCUUCCUAGCUCCUAACUGUUCCUGACUCAGCUUAUUUCACUACACUAACUCAACCUCCCCACAGACUCUAUCCCAAUUCACUCCCACUCCAACCAACCACCCAACUCCCAACAAACUCCUCCUUCACCCCUCCCAGAGCUGGUUUUAUAGUCCCUCUGACUCCACCCCCUGGGUUCUGAUUGGGUAACUUGUUUAACUAUUUCACCUCCAGCACUCUCAUAUGUUAACAUCACAGGGGGUUGUUCCUUCUGGCAAGCCUAUGAAGGGUUUUCUGCCUCUGGCCUUCUCUUUCCCUCGAGCCUGUUGUUUUUCCCACCUCCCAGCGUCCCUCCUACUCUGACCUGUCUUCAGACUCACAACACCACAUUCCUGGCUAUGAGCUUUCCUCCCCAGCUGCUUCCCUGGGGGGCUCUUCGGCCGGAGGCUCCAACCAUUCCUCUUCACCCAGCCAGUCCCUGACAUUGUGUGGCUGGAUUAUAGCCUACUGUACUGGAGCUGCAUCUAUUGCUCUGAUUGCUUUUGCCCCAGGCCCCACCCUGCCCUCGGCAUGUGGCCCCUGGAAGAUUUCAUGCAAGGGAAUGUGGCCCCCUGACUGCAGAAGAUUCUUCAUCCCUGUCUCAUUAGAAAGAUUACCAGGAACGGGCAUUUGUGGGCUCCCUGCAGGCAAGUGCUCCUCCAAAGGAGACUGAAAUAUUUAACGGAUGGUGGGAACUGUGGCUUGGGAUGAAAAGCCGUAUCACUCAUGGGAGCAGUUAAGUAAGAUUUCCAUCAAGCAGCCCAUCAUUACAGGAAUGCUUCUGAGAGCAAAAGCUGGCUGAGAAAUAUUAAGCUGAGAAAAUGCAUAGCUCAGCCAGUAGAGAACGAGUCUCUUAAUCUCAUUGUCAUGGGUUCAAACCCCAGGCUGGGCAAAAGUUUCCUUUAUUGGACUAGGUGGCCCUGGUGGUCCUUCCAACUCUGCAAUUCUAUGAUUCUGCAUAAUAUUGCACAGAGGCUUAAUGUGAGCCUGGAUCUCGCUCCAGAGCCUUCUGUUCAGCUCCUGGUACCUUUUCCUGAAUACUGCUUCUAUUACUCCUGUUGGAAGUGUAACAAUGGAGAUCAUUUGAUGAGGUGCCUUAAGGGUUAUCAGUAAGUCAGUUAAGAGGGGUGGUCUGGAGGUAUUAUUUAGCAACUAAGCAGAGUGAUUUAUCCAGACCUGAGAUCAAGUUGGGAGGCAAUCAGGAUGGGGAGGAAUUCAAAACAACCUGCAUUUUAGAGUUCUUUCUCACAGAGAGGGAAUGAAAGCAAACUCUUUGCACCUGCUCCUUCUCUGACCAGUGGAGGAGCCCAAGCUGAUUUCCCUCUUGCUCCAUUAGAGUCUUAAUUGGAGUCUGGUGGAACAGCCUCUCAGUAGCCCUCAGUUCUGCUGGCUGGUGGAGGAGGUCAGUUCUGCAGUCUAAAGGCCACUUGGGACAAAGGGAGGGGGUAAUCAUUUGACUUACCUUGCAGAGUAGUUGCAAGGCAGGGGUCGGGUACGUCAGGUCCAGGGGCCAAGUGCAGCCUUCUAGGCCUUUCACUCUGACCCUCUGGACACUCCCCCCUUGCAAGCCCUGCUUUGCACCCUCCUCAGGUGUUUUUGCCUGUCUGGAAUGUGCCCUUGAGCUCUGGUGGUGCCUCCUGCUUGCUUGAAUGGAAAACAGAGAGAGGAACGUGUGUGAGUGUGAGUAGAAACUAGCCUACUAGCAUAAACAAGUAAGAUUCACACCCAUUGCUUCACCCACUUUUGCCCCUGGCCACACCCACCUCUGACCUGUGGCCCCACAAGGCUACUCUUUAGAGAAUGCUGCCCUUUGGGUGCAAAAAUACCAUCUGCCCUGGUUUCAGGUAGUUUGUACACUUAGAUAACGACAGGGCUUUGCACCCCUGAAAGCUCUUCAUUCUGGAAUUCCUGCAUUUCCAAGCAGGAGGUUGUCCUAAGAUGAUCUGCUGUGAUUAGAGCUAUCACAGUACAUGUGAAAUACAGUGAUGGCUAAGUCCUGAGCAUGCAGAGGUGAUUAUAACAAGAAUCGUGUGGGGAAGGAAGGAGGAUGAGCCAGAAAGGAAAAUCUCUCCCCCCACUUCUCUCUCUCUCUCUCUUUUUGCGUUGUCACUCAGCCAGCUCACACGACUGUGUGAGGGAUCGGAGUGGCUUGUGGAGAUGGAUAUGGCAUGCGUUCCUCCUCUGUGCAUGUGAGCUGCUUUGCCUCUUUCCCUGCUGUUUCUUCAUUGUGCGUGUGCCUGGAGGCCUGUUGUCAUCCUUCAGCACAGAAGCUGAGAUCGCCGAGAGCCGUGGGUGGGGGAAACUGGCAAAGUGGCAGCAGCCUCUGGACCUGCCGAGAUGAAAUAAGAGAGUGUGAUGAUUUCCCAUCAGUUUCUGGGUGCAGAACAAAGUGGGGGCAGAUGAGCCUUCGUUUAAGGAAGUGGAUUUUUGGAACGGGCUGUAGCCACCCCACCUGUCGGCGUGGGAGAGGCUUCCUGGCUGCGGGGUCUUCCUCUGCUGUGCUUGAUUUGAAAAAGCGUGUUUGCUGAGCAGCUGAUUCCCAAGGCUCAGCACCCAGCAUGCUUGCACCCAAUAUGAUGUUGAGUCAUCGUUCCAGGAGGGAUGAUCUCGCUCAGGAACUGAUGAGGUCAGUGUCUGCCAGAAGAGGAGACACGCUGGCUGGCUCCAGGUACUGGUGUGGAUAGAGCUGGAAGUGUGACUCUUUCAUCCUUUUUUGGGAAAAGGUGAAUGUAGCAAUUUAAAAAGGAGCCCAGUGCAGUUUUUUCCUCUGUCGCAAGUGAUGUCAGCAUGGAGGACACCUUAUCACAUGGUAUUUCCCCAAACCUAGGAGUCCCACCUCCAAGGCCUCUGAAUGAAUCACUGGCCUGGCCUUGUGCUUCCUCCUGAUCAGCCUCUGCCAAGGAGUGGUUAUUCUGGCCCUUCUUGUGGCAUCAGUGGUGAUUGGAGCUUUCCGUAAGUGAUGCAGCGGAAAUGCCCACCCUCAAACGGGACUGCCUGCUUUGUCUCUGCAUGAGUUCCCCACCGGGCUCAGGUUCCCAGCAGAAGAUCUGCCCUCAGAGCACCUGCCGGUUCUAUGUCUGUGUGACCUGCUGUUUGAGUUUGCCUCAGAUUAGUGAUUUAUGCAGGAAGGAAGGUCAGUUAGUUAAAGUCAACAGCAGGACUUUGGGGCAGAUGUCCAGAGCCCUACUCUGUAUAAUGAGCAGGAGGGCAUGCCACAUGUUAAAGGAAGUGAAAUAAUAUGCACAAUAUACAGGAGAAACUCAAAAAAUUAGAAUAUCGUGGAAAAGUUCGUUGAUUUCAGUAAUUCAACUUGAAAGGUGAAACUAAUAUAUGAGAUCGACUAAUGACAUGCAAAGUGAGAUAUGUCAAGCCUUUCUUUGUUAUCAUUGUGAUGAUCAUGGCGAACAGCUGAUGAAAACCCCAAAUUAACGAUCUCAGAAAAUUAGAAUAUUCAAUGAAAUCAGCAAAACAAGGAUUGAAAAUAGAGCAAGAUUGGACCUCUGAGAAGUGGAAGCAUAUCUUGCUUUGCAUGUCAUGAGUCGAUCUCAUAUAUUACUUUCACCUUUUAAGUUGAAUUACUGAAAUAAAUGAACUUUUCCACAAUAUUCAAAUUUUUCGAGUUUCACCUGUAUAUAAAGAAAGCAUGCUCUCCACCAUAAGACUGCUAAGUCCAGAGUUUCAAGUUGCCUAAUUGCUCUGUGGAUUGCAGGGGGUGUUCCCUUCCUCUGGGGGAGGCCACCUCUGACUCCUCGGUGCUUUGAUAGUACAGCUUUCCAACUGUUCAGGGCCACAAAAUGCCUCUAGUUUUCAUCUGCCAACAUGCUUUGCCUCUGCUGUUAGAUGUUUCAGGAAUGUUGCGGCAUGCAGUGGGGGAUUGCUGACUUUUUUUUGUAAUGCUGAUCAUACAGACUGGGGUGCAGAAGGACCAGAUAUCAGCAGUGAUGGUUUCAUUUGAAGUAACUUGAGCCCAUCCAUAGCUGGGAAGCAGCUGGAAUCUAGGUGUGUCCCCCCCCCCAAAAAAAACCCAAAGAUCCCCCAAGUGGUUUGAGGAUUUUAUAUUUUGGGAAACUAUGGGACACUCAAGCUCAGCCUCAGCCUCCAAGCUUCUCUAUCUGGUCAUGGGGAUUCUCCCCAGGCCACACCCCUUACCAGUUCUGCUUUGCACCCUCCUUGAGUGUUUUUGCCUGGCUGGAAUGUGUCAUGGAGCUUGGGUAAUGCUUCUUGCUUGCCUGGAUGGAAGAUAGAGUGCGUUGUGUAAGUGUGAAGAAACCAGCCCACUGUGCAAAAGUAAUAUUCAUUGCCCCACCCACUUUGACUCUGGCUCCACCCACCACUGGCAUGUGGCCCCUGGAGGCUUACCCAGAAAGGAAUGUGGCCCUCAGUAUGAAAAAUGCUCCCCACCUCUGGUAUGGUGGGCAUGUACAUGUUGUCAGGAUUUUUACAAGGGGGGGGCAGGACUUUGGGUGGGGGUGGGGGCAGAACCAAGCUAUCUGUGACAUGAUUGGGCAGUUAGUUAAGUAUUUUUAUUUGUUUACUUGAUCUGGGUGGGGGGCAGCUGCCCCCCUGCCUCCUCUGGCUAUGCCCAUGGGCAUGUAUCCAGGGGUCCCAUCAAUAAAUCGGCAUCACCAGGCACCUGUCGUGGCUCACAGCACAGCAGGGCCAGCACUGCUGACCAGUCCCCUCUGGUUGUCCUCUUUGCUGUUGCUUCCUGCUCACCUGCCAUCUCCAAGCAAGUGAGCACUAACAAGGAUAAGGAAAAGGUGCUUCUGACUGCACUACGGGGUGGGGAGAAUCUUUGAGGGCCAGGCAGGGAGACUUGGAGCCCUGCAUUUAGCACCCAGGCCUGAGUUUCCUCACCCCUGCAGUGGACAGUACUUAGCAAAGUGGACCUCUGAUCUCACUUUGUAUAAAGCAGUUUCCUAUACUUAGCUUCAGCAAGGUUGCUGGGACAUGUGUCUUCAGACAAUGUCCUUAGUGGUGGCUAGAAGAAGAAGAGAAGAGGAGUUUGGAUUUGAUAUCCCACUUUAUCACUACCCAAAGGAGUCUCAAAGCGGCUAACAUCCUCCUUUCCAUUCCUCACCCACAAAAAACACUCUGUGAGGUGAGUGGGGCUGAGAGGCUUCAGAGAAGUGUGACUAGCCCAAGGUCACCCAGCAGCUGCAUGUGGAGGAGCGGAGAUGCGAACCCGGUUCCCCAGAUUACAAGUCUACUGCUCUUAACCACUACACUCACACUGGCUAGUAUCCUUUGGGACUUGUGGGGCAGAGUGCCCUUAGCACAGAGUCAGUGGCAGGCAGAGCCAACUCAUUCUACUUUAUUCUCUCCCCCACCAUCCUUCUCCUUGCAUAGUUCUGCAAGGGCAACACUGAGACAAUAAGGAGGCGAAAGCUGACAGCCAGGACCACACCUUAGGCUGGUUGUAAAUAGGUGUGUGUGGGAUGGCUGAGAGAAGACUGAGAUGGGUGGGGCAGUGCCCCACUUGCUCAAAUGGAGCACCCUUCCCUGCAUUCCCUAGAACAUGCCCAAGAGACAUUUGGCUGCUCACCUUUACAAGCAGAACAAUGAACUUGGCAGACCUUUGGUGUCAUCCAACAGAGUUGCUCUAAUGUUUUUGUUGUUUCAGCUGGGGGACCUUUGGCCCUCCAUAUGUUGUUGAAAUGCAGUUCCCAACAUCUCUGGCCAUUGGCCAUGCUUGCUAGAGCUGGAGGGAACUGUAGUUCAGUAACACCUAGAGGGCAAAUGUCCCCGACUCCUGUUUUACCUAGUGCCAGGUAUGUGAAUGAGUGAGAGGGUUUUGAUACUGAUAACAUAUUGUCUACUUGUAGGAAUCACUUUACAGUGAUUGAUUUUUUUAAUUUUUAAAAUGUUUUUGAUUAUAUGCAGCUUUCAGCAUCUUUUGGAACAGGUAACCCUAAUCAGUUAUUAGUAAAUCUAUAUAAUUUUCCAAUUUUUGGAGCACCUCAGUGAGAAGGUCAGAAUUAGCCAAUGCUAUUCUAGACUGCAUCAACAGAUAGUGUCCCGAUCAAGGGAAGUAAUAGUACAACAGUCUGGAGACAGAACUUAAGGGAAUAAAACCCUGAAGUACUGCAUGUGGGAAGCCACACAAAAUUUAUAAUUGGCUAUGUAACUGAGUUGUAUUUGAAUUGGUAUUGGUAUUUGGUGUUAAUAUAAUAUGGAACAUAUUGGAUUUUUGUAAAAAUUAUUUAACAAAGGGGGUGGGGAGCAAUAGUACCACUCUACUCUGCCUUGGCCAGACCACACCUGGAGUUCUCUGUCCAGUUAUGGGUGCCACAAUUUAUGGAGGCUAUUGAAAAGCUAGGAUGUGUGCAGAGGAGGGCAACCAAGAUGAUCAAGGAUCUGGAAACUCAGCCUUAUGGGGACCUCUUGAAGGAGUUGGGUAUGCAUAGUCUGGGAAAGAGGAGUCUGAGAGGAGAUAUGAUAGCCAUCUUCAAAUAUCUCAAGGGCUGUCACAUGGAAGACAGAGCAAGCUUGUUUUCUCCUUCUCUGGAGCAUAGGACUCAAACCAACAGCUUCAAGUUGCAAGAAAGGAGAUUCUGACUAAACAUCAGAAAGAACUUUCUGACAGUAAGAAGAAGAAGAAGAAGAGUUUGGAUUUGUUUUUUUUUUUAAUGAUAUUUAUUACUUUUUCAAAAUUUCCAACACAACACUACAUACACAGAAGAAAAGAAAAAAAGAAAAGAAAAAACAAUGCGAAAAACAAAUCAAGCAAAAAUUGGCAAAAACAAUUUAAAAACACCUCAAACAUUUUCAAUAUCUUAUAUUUCAUUCACUUAUUUCCAGCGACUUCCUCACACCUCCCUUUUUGUAUUCCACUUCUAUUAUUUGUUUCAGCAAUUCCUUUCCAUCUUACUCUGUUUUCUGUUCUAUUAUUAUCUUAACACAUUCUUGCCAUACUUUUCCUUUAAUUUUCUAUUAAUCUAUUUAUACUUAAUUCCUUAUGACAUUUCUACUAAAGCCAUGUAAUUUCAUUCCAACAUUUUUCUAUGGAUUUGGAUUUGAUAUCCCGCCUUUCACUCCCUUUAAGGAGUCUCAAAGUGGCUAACAUUCUCCUUUCCCUUCCUCCCCCCCAACAAACACUCUGUGAGGUGAGUGGGGCUGAGAGAUUUCAAAGAAGUGUGACUGGCCCAAGGUCACCCAGCGGCUGCUUGUGGAGGAGCGGAGACGCAAACCCGGUUCCCCAGAUUACGAGACUACGGCUCUUAACCACUACACCACACUGGCUUGACAGUGGAAUAGUCUCACUCAGGAGGUUGUGGACUCACCUCCCUUUGGGGGUUUUUAAGCAGAGGUUGGAUGGCCACCUGCCAUGGAUGCUUUAGUUGAGAUUCUUGCGUUGCAGGGGGUUGGACUAGAUGGCCAUUGGGGUCCCUUCCAGCUCUACAAUUCUAUGAUCUUAGGUUUUGAACACUUCUUGGUUGUGUGGAUUAAGUUCAGUUGGCUCUGAUUAUUUAAGCACAGGCUGGCUCCCAGAAAGAAAAAGGAUUCUACCCACUCUUGCUCAAGGGGGAUAGAAUAAAGCAAUGGUACUUAUGAGUAGCACAUGGUGGGUGAAACUUUGAUCUCAAAAGCACUGAAAAGCAGCUUCCUCAGGCUCCUCAGUGCACCCUUCAGCAGAAAUUUCAGAUGCCCUUUGCUUCUCAACCAACCCAGGAAAUGCAAUUUUAGGCAAAUUCAUUGACUUCUUAGCACUUUGGCAAGCUAUAUUAGGAGGUGCCUCAGCUACUAAAACAAGAAUGCAUCUUUACAGCAGUUUACUGGAGCCAGACAGCCUCCUCCUCCUCCUCCUCCUCCUCCUCCUCCUCCUCCUCCUCCUCCUCUCCUCUCCCCUGGUGAAAAUGUGGCUGAUAAAGGCUGUUCAGUUUUGCUCCCUUUCACCCAGUAUUGUUGAGAGCUGAUGCUAUGUAGGUGCCAAGGCCUCAGACCAGGUUCAAAACCGUGGAAUAAACUCUGGGGCUGCCAUCAACAUUGGCCAAUUCAUGGAAUCAUAAAAUAGAAGAGCUGAAAGGGACUGUGAGGGUCAUCCAGUGCAACCCCCUGGAAUUUGUGCUAAGGUGAGAUUUGAGCUUCCAUAUCUCAUGGAAGGGGCAAACAUGCCUUUUGCAAUUGUGUACACAUAAGGCAACUUAUCCUCCAAUCUUGGGAGUUUCAGAUUGUGGUAAAUUCUGGAACAUUGAACCUUGCAAACAGUUGCAGCUUAUCCUUCCAUCUUGUUCUUAUUAGCUUAGAUGGCCGUAAAAGGGGAUUAGAUGGCUUUAUUUACUGUAUUUAUAUCUUUUCUUCAAAGAGCUCAAGGUUCUCCCCACUCCAUUUUAGCCCCCAGCUAUCUGUGAGGCAGGUAAGGCUGAGAGAUAAUGACCCAAGGACACUUAGGAAGCACCAUGGUCAAGUGGAGAUUUAAACCCAGGUUCAAACACUAGCCCAGGUGUUGCAAGGGACUACAUCUACAGAGAUGCUCUCCAUACAUCCAUGUAAAGUAUUUAGGAUUAGCACCAACACCUUAGGUUGAGGGGAAUCCAAAACCUCCAUCAGAUUGGCCACUGCUUUAAGGCAUAUCAGCAAUAACUGCAAUCCACUGAUGGAUUUCUAAAACAACAAAGACUCUUGUGGCACCUUGAAGCAUUAAAAAAAAACACACACACGAAAAAAUGGCAUAAGCUUUCAUGCAGCACAGCUCACUUACCCACACUUAUUUUUCCUUUGCUUUUUCCAGGCAUGGCCCACAAUUUAAAGCUCAGUGUCUGAGUGCCCUCCUUUGUUUUUGCUCUGGAGCUUUCCCCACAAAAACACACUCUUCAAAGCUCAAUCGGAGCAAACGUCAAUCCACGGUAAACCCGAAUUGAUGUUUGCUCUGAUUUAGCUUUAAAAAGUGUGGUGUGUGUGUGUGUGUGUGUGUGUGUGAAGGCAGCUUGUGGGGAAAAAAAACCCUGACACAGAGCAUUAAAGUGCAGACUGUGCCUGGAAAAAGCGGGGGGAAAGUAAGUGUGGAUAAGACGUUUGUCAGAUGCAUGAUGUGUAAACCUUGAAUCGGUGAACAUAUGUGCACAUGGAGAGAGUUCAGUGGAAAGUGUACAGCAAAAUGAGAAAUGGUGAUGAUUACCUGAAAGCAAAAUAAUUAGAAAAUCAACUAAGAAGGCAUUACAGUUAUUAAUUUGACUAGGCAGCAUUGGUGUAAACACAAAAUUUUGGCAUGUAUACAUGCUGGCCAAUUAAGGGUUACACAUCAUGCAAGUGAUGAAGUGGACAUAGGAACAUUAGACACUGCCUUAUAUUGAGUCAGGCCAUUGGUCUGUCUAGCUUAGUAUUGUCUGCAGCAAGGGUUGGCAAGGUUUACCUUGCCUGGACUGGUUCACUCCAGUGGAGAUCCCUCCGUGGGCCGGAUCGCGCACUCGUGUGAGUGUGCAUGGCCAUGAUUUCUGGGGUCUGCACAGAUACGAUUUCUGGCGUCUGUGCGCAGAUGCAAUUUUAGGCGUCUGAGCAUGCGCAGACACAAUUUCUGGCACCAUGGAAGUGAGUCCCCGCACCACGCUGCACCGGUUUAGCGCAGAGCAUGGGGACUUGUCUAGUGGGCAGCUUGGUUCAGGGGCAGCUUGUGGGCUGGUUAAGUGACCCCCGUGGGCCACUUGUGGCCCAUGGGCUUUAGGUUGCCGACCCCUGGUCUACAGGGACUAACAGCAGCUCUCCAGGUUAUCUUUUCCAGUCUGACUUGGAGAUGCCAAGAAUUGAACCUGGGACCUUCUGCAUGCAAAGCAGAUGCUCCACCACUGAGUUACCUGUCCCACCUCCCAAAUAAGUUGUAACUGCUUUAUGCCAACUCUAUUGGUCCUGCUGACUCAGUAUUGCCUACUCAAGGUUGGCUGUGGGUCUCCAGAGUUUCAGACUGGGAUUGAUCUUGGGACACUUACCACUGAGCUCAGAAUUCCCCUGACUGUGGUCCUUAAAAGCAGGUGCCAUUAUAAAUGUGUUAAUCUUGUGGCAUCUUAAGGAUUCUGCUAUAGCAAAACAAAAACAACAACCAACACAGCCACCUUUCUGUAAAUUGUUACCAAAGUCUAGCUGGAUUCCAGUUUGAUUUGUCAGUGAAUGUAAUGCAGGAUAGAAUCAUAGAUUGUAGAGUUGGAAGAGAUCUUGAGGAUCUUCUAGUCCAACCCCUGCAAUGCAUCCUUGGGUAGGCAGCAGCAGCCUUACUGAUUGCAUCAACGGUGACAGUGGAACAUGAUGUAUGUGCAUAUAUGACAUUCUUACACUAGAGAAGGACAGUUGCAUCCAGUGUUAGUUCUACUUUGAGCAUAUCCACUGAAAUUUAUUUAUUGCAUUUAUGUCACACCUAUUUCUACAAAUGGCAUACAUGGUUCUCCCCCAUCUCAUUUAAUCCCCACAACAACCCUGUGAGGUAGGUUAGACUGUGAGGCAGUGACUGGCCCAGAGUCCUCCAGUGAGCGUCAUAGCUGAGUGGGGGAUUUGAACCCUGGUCUCCUGGUCUCUUGACACUCAACACUACCCCCCCACUACCUCCCAAACUUCAGGCCAUUGAUUUCAGUUGGGUCUACUCAGAAUAGAAAUUCGUUGGCUCCAACCCCUCUCCUUGACUUUUGCUGAAAUCUCUUCUCUUCCCUCCCCCCAUUUUGCUGAUCCAGAUGUUUGCCUUGUUAGUGUGUCUCUGUGGACACUCCACACGUCCAGAUGCAAGAUCUCUCCUUGCCAUCCGUCUUCGUUGCUGGCAGGACGGUCAGUCAGAGCUGGGCUUUGUCUCCGGGUGCCUCAUACUCUUCCCUCUUCCCCCCCAAAUUCCUUUCCUACUUCGAUAUUGCCUGUCAAUCUGGAAGAAACUGUGCCUAUACCCCUCUGGGCUUCAAGGAAGCUGGUGAGGGUCCUUUAAAAGAACGAGAGCGUGUUUUUCCUUCUACCAAAAGGGGAGGUUGAAGGAUGCGAAGCCGGAUGGGGCUUGCGAGAUCAUGUUUAUUUGGGGGGCUGGAGUGUCCCAGUUAGAGAGAGAGCGGUGUCUCAUUUGCAGUCCAGGGAAUCAACUCCACACAACCCCCAAAGGAAAUCUAAGUUAGAUCCGCGGGGAACGCGCCUCCGGAGCCAGUUUUGCAGAGGAGGUCUUUGAACGGCGGGCAGUCGCCUUCCUCCUCCGCGAAGGCUUCCGUCCAGCGGGUAGGAAAGGAGAGCACAGUCUCUAGCCUGGCUCCAUCCUCUCAUCUCCUUCGCCCCUCUCUUCCUCGCAGGCUGAAGUCGUCAACGGGCGGCUACCGAAGCGGUGGCACCGGCACGGCUGGCGCCAACAAGCAGAAGAGCGGGGUCAUCCUGGACAUCUCCUCCUUGACGAUGAACGAGCUGGACUCCGAGGUGCUUCCCUUGCCGCCUCGCUACCGGUUCCGGGACCUGCUCUUGGGGGAUCAGAGCUUUCAAAACGACGACAGGUAAGAGCGCAGAGCGGGAGGAGGACGGACCAAGGGCACAGGGAAACCUCACGAUGGGCACAGAAGCGUUUCACGAGUGCUGGGGUCGAAAUGGCGAUGCUUUUGGUUGGAGGUUGCUGGGUCAAAAGGCGACAAAAGAGGGGCAGCUGGUAAGAGGGCGCCUGGAGUGCUUUCCUAGGUGCUUAUCGCUGCGUUCCGCUUUUACGCGCUGCAGUUUCGCUGGUUGUACUCCCAGCGGCUCCGGAGUCCUGUUACUACUUCAUGCCCUCAGUGAGCUCUCUCCAUGGUGCUGAUCCUGUGGAAGCCGCUCUCCCCAAACCUUCCUCAGUCGUCGUUGUUCGCAUGGUGGCGGUGGGGUUCGGAUGCCUUCUGGCUGGCCCUCCGGUUUCUUCCUUCCUUCCUCUAUCCAGUGUGCUGUAAACGCGCCCGCCGGAACUGCUCCCUUUCGAGAUUUAAGAGCCCCCUCCGUUCUCCCUUGUCAAAGAGGGCUUUCGCACAUACUUAACACACGUUUGGGAGACUUGCAUGCCAUUUGUUCGCAGGAGAGUGUUUGCGUUUUCUAGUUUGUAUUUUUUUUUUUUUUUGCUUUGAAAGUAAGAUCCCGAGAGAGAUUAAUUUCUAAUCUGAAUUACAUUCCUAAUAUAGACAUUACUGAUUGUGUAAAGUAAGUCCCCUUGAACUUAGUGGAACUUCUGAUGAAACAUGCAUAGGAGUGCCCAGUUAAACUGAAAUGUAAAAAUGCUCACUUUUGUGUUUUGGGGUGCCAGUUCUUUUUUGGAUUGUAUAUCCCACAUUGAGGGAAGGGCCAGAGCUCAGUGGUGAAUAAUCUGCUUUGUGUUUAGAAAUCUCCAGGUAGAGUUGAGAAUUUUCCCUGGCUGAAACUCUGGAGAGGAGCUGUCAAGUCAGUACAGACAAUACUAAACUACAUGAACCAAUGGUCUGACUCGGUAUAAGGCAGCCUCUUAUGUUUUGGAGAAGGGCUGUAGCUCCUUAGAAGAACAUCCACCAUGCAUGCACAAGGUUCAGGUCAAAUCCUUAGCACCUUCAGGUUGGACUAGGAGUGUCCCUGAAACCCUGGAAAGACACUGCUAGACUAGGCGGAAUUGGUACAAGGCACCUUCCUGGGAUCAACUGCAAGCAGACUCAAAGUUGGAUUACAAAGGAGCAUAUCCAGCUAAGUUCUACCCAGAGGAGACCCAUUGAAAUUAAUGGGUAUCACCUAGGCACAUCCAUUAAUUUCAAUGGGCCUUCUCUGAGUAGAACUGACACUGGCUAUAUUCCAAAGGGUGGUUCUUCCCACUGUGUCCCAUUCUCCAAAAGCCUUCCAUGCUUGCUAAACGGGAUGCCAAUGCUUUCCUCACCAAACCACCCUUCCUUUUGCUUCCUCUGUAUCUUAUUCCCUUUGCUACCUUGCUGAAAGUGCUCUCCAAAAAACAACCAGCCACCCUUAUUUUCCUGUAGGAAAGGGACAUGGGAAACUGCAUUAUACUGUGUCAGACCAUUGGUCCUCCUUGCUCAGUCUUCUCUACACAGUGGCUCCCCAGGGUUUCAAGCAGGGGAUUGAGUAAGAGACCUUUUGUGUGCAAAGGAGCUGCUCUACUAUUGAGCUGUGGUCCUUCUUUGUUAGUUGGAUUGGUGCAUCCUUGAGACUUUGUCCAAGUUGUCUGCUUUGUUGCCCAAACCUUUGACGCUCCUGUUGCCACCUGUCAUCUGUUUUCUUGCUCUGGACACUGCAAAGCUCUCUCUACACCCAGUCAAACAUCCCAUUGGGUUGUAAGUUCCUUCAGAGAGCUGGUGUAGUGGGGGGACAAGCCCCAAGGCAAAUUUUUAAUGUCUGGUAGCUGCUAUUGCAGUCUAGAGGCAAGGAUGAAUCAAUGGUAUAGCAACAGCUCUCAGGGGUGGGAGACGGGUUGGCUCUUGUGGUGAUGGGCAUUUUUGUAAGAUGGUGACUUUGGGAGUCAUGGAUGAUUAUUGCUUUGGAGAAUUGCACCUACCUGAAAUUACCUUUGUGUCUAGGGUCAUGGAUUUGUAUUUUGAGAAUUGCAAAUUUCUGAAAUUUCCCUUGUGUCUAUGGUCUUGGAUUUCGAACUGGAGAGCUGCAUGUGUCUGAAAUUUCCCUUGUGCUUAAGACAAAUGUGGUUCAUAUUCAUUUAAGACAUGCAUGCUUGGCCAUGUGUAAAUAGGAAAAGACCUGCAUGGUUGAUGACACUCAGUCUGAGUGAAUGUAAAUAAACCUUUGAAGAGGGAGAGGGUGUGUUUGUGAUAAACGUUCCUUAUUUUAUUUGAAAAUGGUUUGUGGAGUUUUGGAUAUGUAUCGCUGUUGAUUUUAAACUUCCUUCCUCUCCCCUCCCACCUGCCCAAUUUGCCAUGAUUUAUUAAGGUUCCUACAAAGUUAUAACCAAGCUGUGAGCUUACAGUUGCUUAGCUGCAAAUGAGUUUCAGAGAAAGUGUCAGUUAAAACAAACAGCAAUAACAGAGUGAUUGCCCUCUGGUGAAAUGUGUGGUUGUCAUAACCAUUAGACAUGCAAUCUAUUGCUAAUGGGGGUCUGUUCUGCAAUAUGGCACAUUAUUUCCCCACAAAGAUAAUAUUUAUCUUGCAAAGAAGUGUUCUGUGGAUCUCCAAGAAGCAACUAAUUUUUGCUACAGGGGGAUCAGACUGAGUGUUCAGGGAAAAUUUGGACUGCUUCUUCUCCCUUUCAAAGCAGAGCAUUGUAGAGCUAGUUAUCUUACCAGUUUCCAUAAGAAAUGCCUUUAUUAAGCUCUGUUUCCAAGUGACGCCCACUGCAGUCUUGGAUGGCUGCUUCAGCAAGGUCCGAUAUGCAGACAGACAUUGUAUUUGUGGUCAGCCUCAGGUGGAAGACCUCACUCUAUCUGUUAGCCUGCCCCUUAUCUAGAGACCCAAGAGAUUCCUUUCUGAAACAAAGCACAAGCAAUCAGGCACACUCUGGUACAAAUGGUUUGGUUUCUUUUAAGUGAAAAUAGUAUCUUCAUAACACAUAGGUGGCCCUCUAUGCACUGGCUGAACACACACACACACACACACACACACACAUCUGGAAAAAGGAGUCAGCUAUAAUAACAACUAUAAAUUGUUUUGAUGAUUCAGAGGUUUAAUCUGAAAUCGAACUGGAUUUGAGUUUGUUGGUGUCUGUGGCAACUUCUCUUUCUUACAUAAUGGAUGUUGGCAAAUUGGAUUUUAAAAAGGCGAAAUAAUACUAGAAUUUGAGUUGUAAGAGAUGCACAAAGGGAAAAUGUUUUAAUGCCCAGGAACUUGGCAAAGUAUUUGCAGAUUGUUAUAUUAUGCAUGUUUUGUAUUAUGUUUUUGGUACUAUUGCUUAAUACAUGUUUGCCAUGGCCUCUGGCUAGAACAAUAAACUUAUGAAAUGAACUUGUUAUCCCUUUCAAAGCAGCAAAGGGGAGAAUUUGCAGAGCCAGACCUCUUAACCCUCCCCCUGCUGGCCAUUUCCCUCCAUCUAUCUGCAUCUCAGUUACUACAUUCUCAGAUUCCUUCUUGCCACAUUGAGCUGUGGGUAGGGAGAUGUGGUUGAAUAGGAGUUGAUGGGGGGGGGGACAAUGAAGGGUCAAGCUCACACACCUGUCUGCUGUUUCUCCUAUGCAAAUCACACACACACACACAAUUCUUGCAAUAGGGAAGUGGCAAGUUGAUACCAUCAGAGUAUGGCUUUGGGGACAGAAGACCAGGACUCCGGUCAAUAGAAUGAGGAGUAACAAAUUUUGAAGUAAUGCAUACUGCCAUCUAAAUUGCCUAACUGCACCAUUGGUCCAUUUUUGAACUGGAAUCAUGAGCCCAAGAAACACAUUGGGUGUGCACCUCCUACAUACAUUAAAAGACUGAUUUAUAGCCUGCAUGCCUUCAUGCCUCUUAUGGGGUAGGCUUUCUUGACAAAUGGUGGGAAAUAUGUUUGGCCUAGUGGCUCAGAUCUUUAUCUCCCCGACCCCACCCAUGGGCUGACUUUGACAGAUGUACAUUGUCACUCACCUGAUGUCGUGAUGACAUCAGGACAUUUUUAAUAAAUAAAAUGGUGGGGUGGGGGAGGGGUCUGCUUUGCCAGCACAUUCCCCACAGUAUACUUGCUGGCAUAGCAUCAUCCAGCAGAAUUGAACUGCACCACCUUCCUCAUCAGCUGAUGUCACCCAGUAAUGCCAACUGAUUGACAGAUGGACAUGUGGUUCUUUUUUUGCAGGGGGCAGGGCGGAUAGCCUUGAGGGCCAAGAUUGACCAGCAGGCUGGAGGUUCUUCAUCCCUGUUUAGAAGACCAAGAAAAGCUUCUGGCCAUAAUAAACACGUUACAGUGGUACCUCGGGUUAAGUACUUAAUUCAUUCCGGAGGUCCGUACUUAACCUGAAACUGUUCUUAACCUGAAGCACCACUUUAGCUAAUGGGGCCUCCUGCUGCUGCCGUGCUGCCGGAGCACAAUUUCUGUUCUCAACCUGAAGCAAAGUUCUUAACCUGAAGCACUAUUUCUGAGUUAGCGGAGUCUGUAACCUGAAGUCCAUGUAGCCUAAAGCGUAUGUAACCUGAGGUACCACUGUAAUCUUAAAAGUAGAUUUUUCCAUUGUUUUUGCUUAUUUAUACAAAGAGCAAUCAACAGUCAACAAACCUACGCCCAGCAGAAACACUAAAUUCCUGUUUGAUUUCAUUUAGGUCAUUUCAGUUUUUAAACAAAUAUAUAACUCCACAAGUUGCCAUGUAUCACUGGAGGCCUUUUGAUGUUGCAUAUAUCAUAAAACUAUGCCAGGUUCAUUGAAGAGUAGUGUUUUUCUUGUCUGUUCAACUCUCUUGGACCUGGGCUGUCACUUUGUCCAUUUGUAUUUAGCUGUGAGAUCCAGGUCUCAAACAGGUCUACAUUUAGAGUCUUCCAAUACCUUGCAAUAAUAAGGUGUGCUGCAGUCAUCAGGUGAGUAGUGAGAACAUUGGGGGAAAGUUGUUGACAACUUCUGAAUAGUAUGAUAUGAGUGCUAUUUAUUGUUAAUCUUUGAGGUGCCUCACAAAGCUUUUUGCUGUUGUUUUAUUAGAUGAGCUUCUGCUAGGCGGUAAAAAUGAUGUCAGGAUGAACUAAAGACUUCCAGGACAAGAAAUAGCACUAAUGGUGGUCCCCAGCCCCCCGCUGAAAAUAUAAAAUCUAGCAGUUACAUGGAUGUGACUCCGAUGAUCACCUACAAGUUUCUCUUCUGAGGUGGAGAGAAGAGGCAAAGGGAAAACGCAAUAAAGCCAAGUCGCCACUGGACUUAUGCCAAGAGAUGGAGAAAAUGCAGGCCCAGUCAUUCUAGUGACAGCUGGGAGAUACUUGUAUGGGUUUGUGGAAAUGUACUUGUGGAACAUAUAUUAAACAUUUUGUAUGAUAU